CAAGAACUUUCCUAUAUUUUACAAAUCUCCAUUCAAUCCAAAAGACCCACUUUCCAAUCCAUCUUACUUUUCAGAGCAUUAUCAUCAUUUAUACCCUCUCUCUCUCUCUCUCUCUCUCUCUCACAGCCAAAACAGAGCUCCAUCUACUCCUCUCAGCGAAAUCAAUGGCUGGAAUUUCAGCACUCAGAGCUUCCUCUCUCUCCCUGAAACUAUCCCACACCACAAGAACCCCAUCUCUCUCUCACCCCAUUUCACAAUCUAAAUGCCUUGCAUUUGGUCAGCCAAACGCCUUCCCCACCAAAUCUCUCAAAUUGGGAAGUGCCCGCCUUGAUUUCACUACCACCCAAAGAACCAGUAGGCGCAUGAGCACAUCCCUCUCUCCAAAGGUCACAGCUUCCUCAAGACCAAGUGAUGUUCAAGAGCUGCAUGUGUAUGAAAUCAACGAACGAGAUCGCGGAAGCCCAGCGUAUCUACGGCUGAGCCAGAAAUCGGUUAACUCGCUCGGCGAUCUAGUCCCGUUUAGCAAUAAGAUCUACCAUGGAAACCUCCAAAAGCGUCUGGGAAUCACGGCGGGCCUUUGUAUCCUUGUCCAACAUGUCCCCGAGAAGAAAGGAGACCGCUAUGAGGCAAUCUACAGCUUCUACUUCGGCGAUUACGGCCACAUUGCAGUACAAGGAGCAUAUCUAACAUAUGAAGAUACAUAUCUGGCUGUAACAGGUGGGUCGGGCAUUUUCGAAGGUGUAUAUGGGCAGGUGAAGCUGCAACAGAUCAUUUUCCCAUUCAAGCUUUUCUACACAUUCUAUCUCAAAGGUAUAGCUGAGUUGCCAGCCGAGUUACUGGGUCAACCCGUCCCACCGAGUCCGAGUGUGGAGCCUUCACCAGCUGCUAAGGCUACUGAGCCAGAUGCUUGUAUUAAGAAUUUUACUAAUUGAGGAAUGAGAAAGACUUGAUACUCUGGCAGUUGGUAUGACACGUGUACGUAUUUGAAUCGUCCAAAUAAAAUGACCCACUUUAAAUGGGUCAUCAGUGGACAUCUAAUGGACGGUUAAAAUGUUCAAUGGUUCAGAUUAGAUCUUUAAUCAGAUAGGCCUGGGUUGUUCAGUUAAUCUUAUCUUAAGGUUAUGACAUAUCUAAAGUGGGUCCCACAAUUUCAUUUGAAUGUCUGUAUGAGCCAUCACACUGCCAGAGUAUUAAAGAAAACUAAUCUUUCUCUCU